UGUUGGUGUUCUUCCUGAGUUCAAAGCCUUGAGUAGGAACAAACGGGAGCAUUGGGAGUCAACAAACUGAAUGUGGCUCUGCAAAGCCAAUCUUGUUUAUGAAGUUUUGGGUGGGCCUUGGCAAAACCAAAUGUUUGCUGCACGACUGCAGCAGUUGUAGAAACAUGCUCUGUAAUCUGCCAUUAAUCAGGUAAUCCUCAUUCGAUUCUCAACACCCUCCUGCUUGCCUGGCCCCACAGUCAGUCCACACUUUGUUUUGAAAGGCCUAAAGGGUUUCUGUGCACAGAAAUGUCGUCUUUUGUGGCCGCAAGUACACAGUGAAUGGUGUGCCGUACCAUUUGCCUCAUACUUUUGAGUUCCCAGGCACAAUAUUGUAUAUACAUGAUAUUGACCAAUGGCGACAGGAAAGGACUCCUUCUACCACAACAAACAAGGCCUGCGACCAACCUUGGCCAUUGUUCUCUGUAGUCGGGAGGAAGUGGCUGAAAAACAGUCCCUGCCAAACGCCUUUCCUCGGAAGAGGGGCUCUGGUCGUGGACAGUGGGUGGAGUUCUCCCCCUUGUCGGUUUCCCCCUCCUCCCCCUUCCCUUCAGUACUUGAUGUCCACGCAGUACGCGUACCCUUUUCCAUUUUCCCAAAGCCCUCAGCCAGCGAGUACGCUUUUGCUUCCUGAGUACCUGAGUUUUCCAUAUGGUGUUGUGCCAGAUGGGCUGCUGCCUCUCCAGGGGGAUUGUUAGAACAUAAGGACCACUUUCUGCACUGGGAACAUGUCCACUUAGCUGUGUGUGUGUGUGUGUGUGUGUGUGUGUGUGUCUUUGUGAGUGUGUGUUUGUGUAUGUGUCUGAGUGUUUGUGUGGUUGUGUAAAGGCACUUUAACCUCUCAACCGCCGUUGAACAGGAUGGAGGCGUCCUGCCUGGAGCUGGCCCUGGAGGGGGAGCGGCUCUGCAAGGUGGGGGACUACCGGGCCGGCGUGUCCUUCUUCGAGGCCGCCAUCCAGGUGGGAACGGAGGACCUGCAGGUGCUGAGCGCCAUCUACAGCCAGCUGGGCAACGCCUACUUCCACCUGCACGACUACGGCAAGGCCCUGGAGUUCCACCACCACGACCUCACGCUGACCAGGACCGUCGGUGACCUGAUGGGCGAAGCCAAGGCCAGCGGGAACCUGGGCAACACGUUGAAGGUGCUUGGUCGGUUCGACGAGGCGGUGAUCUGCUGCCAGAGGCACCUGGACAUCUCCAGGGACAUCGGCGACAAGAUGGGCCAGGCGAGGGCCCUGUAUAACUUCGGGAACGUGUACCACGCCAAGGGGAAGAGUAUCUGCUGGAGUGGGGCAGAGCCGGGGGACUUCCCCGAGGAGGUCAUGACGGCGCUGCGGCAAGCGGCGGAGUACUACGAGGCAAACUUGGCCAUCGUCAAGGAGCUCGGAGACAGGGCCGCGCAGGGAAGGACGUACGGUAACCUUGGCAACACGCAUUACCUCUUGGGGAACUUUCGCAGCGCCGUGGCCUCCCACGAACAGCGCCUCCUCAUCGCCAAGGAGUUUGGCGACCGCUCGGCAGAGAGACGGGCGUACUGCAACCUGGGCAACGCCUACAUCUUCCUGGGGGAGUUUGAAGUGGCCUCUGAGCACUACAAGAGGACUCUGCAGCUGGCCAGACAGCUGAAGGACCGGGCGGUGGAGGCCCAGGCCUGCUACAGCCUGGGCAACACCUACACGCUUCUGCAGGACUACGAGAGGGCCAUCGACUACCACCUCAAACACCUCAUCAUAGCCCAGGACCUCAACGACAGGAUCGGGGAGGGGCGUGCGUGCUGGAGUCUGGGGAACGCCCACACCGCACUGGGCAACCACGACCAGGCCAUGCACUUUGCAGAGAAACACCUGGAGAUCUCCAAAGAGACUGGAGACAGGGGUGGAGAGCUGACUGCCCGUAUGAACGUGUCUGACCUGCAGACGGUGCUGGGUCUGAGCUACAGCACCAACAGCUCCACGCUGUCGGACGCCAAGGAGACGGACCUCCCUCUGAACGGAGCACGGCCUCGUACGGGGAGGAGACACAGCAUGGAGAACCUGGAGCUGAUGAAGCUGACGCCAGAGACCAAGCUGAACGGUCAGAAGUGGAACAGCGACAUCCUGACCAAGCAGUCCAAGCCCAGCCUGGCCAAGGCCUCCUCCAAGCUCUUCUUCGUCGGCCGGCUGCGCAGCAAGAAGCACAAGGCGGGCGGCUCCACCACCACCAAGGUCCUCCAGGACACCAGCAACACCCUGGACCCCAGCCAGACGGGCCCCCCGGGGCCGCAGAAGCGUCCCAGCCCCGAGGCGCUCGGGGACGAGGGCUUCUUCGACCUGCUCAGCCGCUUCCAGAGCAACCGCAUGGACGACCAGCGCUGCUCCAUCCAGGACCCGGGCAGCCGCCUCUCGCUGAGCAGCGGGCCGGACGCGCCCCCCAGCAGGGGCUCCUCCUCCGGGUCGGAGUCGGCGGCGGGCGCGGCGGCGGGCCGGAGGACGAGCGAGCCCGCGGCGGCGGCGGCGGCGGGGGGGGCCAGCCUGCCGGGCCUCAGGCUGCACCAGCAGAAGGGCAGCCAGGCGGUGCUCAGCCACCUGAUGGCCAACGCCGACAACGCAGAGCCCGACGACAACUUCUUCGACAUGCUCGUCAAGUGCCAGGGCUCCCGUCUGGACGACCAGCGCUGCGCCCCCCCCCCGCCGCCGGCCCGCGGCCCCACCGUGCCCGACGAGGACUUCUUCAGCCUCAUCAUGCGCUCGCAGGCCAAGCGCAUGGACGAGCAGCGCGUCACCCUGCCCCCAGGGGGCGCCGCCGCCCGGCCAGGGGCCCCCCACUGAGGCGCAGCCGACCCCGGUCUGUAGCACCGCCCCGGCCGGGGAGGCCCAGGACUAGCGUGAGGACGGCCUCACCCACCGGGGCCCGGGGACGAGGAGGGGCACCACGGAGACGGCACUACGUGGCUCACUAGGUAGCGGUUCUCUACAUCAUUGCCCUCAGGGACUCAAGCACUGCCAGCUGUAUCAUAUGAGGUGGGGGGGGGGGGAGGGUUGGGUGAGGCAAAGGACUCACUUUGAGGCCUCUCCCGCCUGGUGCUUUCUGGGUAAUUGUGUUUCACUUAGAACUGGAUUUGCACUUCUGCAUACGGAUCAUAACGGAGCAAAUAAUCACUGCAGUCAGAGAUAGCUUUUAUUUUUACACUUGAUUUUUUUGAAAAUUUUAAUCCUUUUAAUUUCACUUUUUAAACAGUGUCUUUAGAUGCUCAACUUCAGAUGGGAUGUAUUUAUUCUAGCUUUUGUAAAAAAAAGAAAAAAUGGAUUCCCAAAGCCGUCCUACCACUUUCUCCCUCUUCUUUUUAAUACUCAUGUAGCAUUAUCAGCGAUUAAGGUCCAUGAAAUGACACCAGAAAGGUACAGCAAUUUCCAUGUAUUUUUUUUUUAUAAUUGUGUGUAUGUCGAGUAUUAGUCUGAUGAAGGCGUUGUCUCUAUCAGGGAAUUUGACCCUUUCAGACAAGCGUCUCCUAAUAUAAAAAAUAUCAACUAACUUUUAACCUAUGUACAGAUUGUGGUGCUCUUUUGUAACACUUGUUUUUUGUUGAUCAGAGGAAUAAAGCCUCAACUCUUCA